UUUGAAAUUUGGACAUUCAUGAGGUGGUUCUGGCCUCAUUGCACGCUCCUUUACUGUACUGUACCAAUUUACAGAGGUGUUCGCGACAACGAUCGAAGGUCAGCCAAUCGGAAGCCACAACAAUAUUUAUUUUCAAAGCUCGAGAUCAAACCUGAUAUAAAAUUUCGUCUUCGGUAUGACAAACAUGCCAGCAUUUUCUAGAGGUCUAAGACCUGUCCUUCGGACUGAUUAUAUCUCUUCCAAAUGUCUACAAUUUUCCACUACGUCAGUGGUGUUUUCAGGUCACAAUCGCUGGUCAAAAAUCAAACAUGACAAAGGAGCUGUAGAUGCGAAAAAGACCAAGGCUCGCUCUAUCAUUGCGCAUGAUAUUGCGCUGGCUGUAAAAUGUAUGUUAUAUGAUAUGCCAUUGGUUUUUAUAUUUGAUACUAAUUCAUUAUAUAAGUACAUGGAGCCAACCCAUACAUAAAUCCAAGACUGGCGGCUGUUCUAGCGGCUGCGAAGAAAGGUACAUAACGGGGUACAUUCCCUCCUGGCAUCUAUAUUUGCAAAUACUCACGUUGCCAUAGCUGGUUUUCCGAAAGCCUCCAUAGAAACUGCUCUAGCUCGUGGGCAAGGAAAAUCAAGAACCGGAGCUGCGCUGCAGAAAGCAACGUUAGAAUGCAUAAUGCCGCCGCAGGUUGCCCUGAUAAUUGAAGCCGAAACGGAUAGCGUUAAUCGUACAAUGAUGGAAUUGAGACAUCUGGUUAAAACUCAUGGAGGAACUGUGACACCUACAGCAUAUCUGUUCCAGAAAAAGGGAUGCGUCACAUUCGAGAAGGACGAAAAGAAUCUGGGCGUUGACGAUGUGAUGGAUGAGGCGAUCGAAGCAGGGGCCAAAGAUUUAGAGGUGGACGAUGAGGGGAAUAUUAUUGUUUGGACGGAACCAAAUAUGGUAACAGUAGCCGGAGAUACUCUGCAGAAGGAAUUCGACAUAAAAAUCGCAAGUUCGGAUAUCCUCUGGAUUCCUAAUGAGGAUACAAAUGUGCCAAUCGAUGCAGGGGAGGCCACAGACAGACUUAUGUCUUUCAUUGAGUCUGCAAGAGAUAAUUCAGAUGUUCAGGGGAUAUAUGCGAACAUUGUUCAGGGAAAUAUUGAGGAUGGACAGUGGGAAGAUUUGAUCGGUGGAUUAGACUGAUUAAAAAGGGUAUAUAUUUGAUUUAGACACACACAGAGGUAGAGGGUAGACUAGAUUUACAGUGGGUGGCUUGUACGAUAGGAAAAGCAUCUCCCCGCCCCUCGACCCCAAUUCUAGAGGAAUAA